GGGGCAUUUGUUUGUUGACGUGAUUUGUGUGGACGACAAGCGAAACGUGUAUUUGAGUGAAGACUUCCUUUUCCUGUAAAACAAUUGGUCUUAAAGUGAAACCAAAUCAUGAAAAAGACGGUCAAAAAGGUUAGAGUGCGUAAAGUGGCGCCAUUGCCGUCAUUGGUGGCCAACAAGUCCGCCAAAGAUGUCAAGAAGACAGUCGACCCUCUGAUCCAGAAGAGGCCCAAGAACUUCGCCAUCGGCGGUGACAUUCAGCCCAAGCGAGACUUGACCCGAUUCUUCCGAUGGCCGCGAUAUAUACGCGUCCAAAGACAGAGAGCUAUUUUGAUGGAACGGCUGAAGAUUCCGCCGACCAUUAAUCAGUUUAGGAGUGGUUUUCUCGACAGACAAACAGCGACCCAAUUGUUCCGAUUGCUCGACAAAUAUCGUCCGGAAUCGAAGAAAGCAAAGAGAGAUCGUCUUAAAAAAGACGCCGAAUCUAAGGCCGCCGGUAAAGAGUCGGCGCCCUCUAAGAGACCGCCAGUUGUUCGCUACGGCGUCAAUACAGUGACAACUCUUGUCGAGCAGAAAAAGGCUCAAUUGGUGGCCAUCGCUGCCGACGUGGAACCGAUCGAAUUAGUGUUGCAUUUGCCGUCUCUUUGCCGCAAAAUGGGAAUCCCUUACUGUGUUGUUCGCGGCGGGCGCUCACGACUCGGACACGUGACCCGAAAGAAGGGAUGCUCUGCCGUUGCGUUCACUUCGGUGGCGCCCGAGGAUCGGCUAUCGCUGACCAAACUGGUAGAAGUGGUCCGAACCAACUUCAACGACCGCUUCGAUGAGAUCCGCCGCCAAUGGGGUGGAGGAGUGCUGGGCGUGAAGUCCAGAGCGAAGAUCACUAAAUUGGAAAGAGCCAAACAGAAGGAGUUGGGCCAACUCCAGGGCACCGUGGAAGAAUUGUAUAGUAAUUGUUGGCCGAAGAAGUGGUACAAAAUGAUGGAUCCAAACAUCGGUUGGUUUCAAGAGGAACAUAAGGGACCGGCACUCGACCUCUGGAAGAACAUAUGGAUCAGCUCUAACCCAACCAUUGAUAGACAGCCCGAAUAUAUCCCUUUCGGUGAAGACGGCGGCGAUGGCGGCCAACAGCCGGCCGUUGCGGCCAAUAGUGGGCCCAAAAUGAGUACAAACCAAACGAACGCAACGAAUGGCAAACCGAACCCAAAUAAGAGCCAAUUGGCCGCCAGUCAGACACAGAACAAACGGGUUCGUCGGGAAAACCCGGCUUCCACUUACCAUUUAGACGAUAACCAGCAUUUGCUCUCCAAAUACAAGGGCACGCCGUGGAGAAGACUUCGGCCCCGAUAUAACACCGGAAUCGUUGGUUUGCACGAAGAGGUCGAAGACUUUUACAAUUACAUGAAACCCAGACCUGAAGAGCACUCCAUGCGAGAAGAUGUGGUCAAACGGAUUAAGAAAGUGGUGACCGAUGUUUGGCCGCACGCGAAGGUCGACUACUUUGGCUCAUUCAGGACUGGCCUGUAUUUGCCGACCAGUGAUAUCGAUAUGGUUGUGGUCGGGAAGUGGGAAUCCAUUCCUCUCUUCACUCUCGAGAAGAAACUCUUGGACUCCGGUAUUGUUGACGACACGACCAUCAAAGUGCUGGACAAGGCCUCCGUUCCCAUCAUUAAGUUGACUGAUCUUCAAACCAAUGUUAGGGUUGACAUCAGUUUCAAUACCUGUAAUGGCAUCCGAAGCGCCAAACUUAUCAAACACUUCAAAAAACAAUUUCCAAAUCUUCCGAAAUUAGUGUUAGUAUUGAAACAAUUUCUACUUCAAAGAGAUUUAAAGGAAGUGUUUACGGGAGGAAUCAGUUCUUAUUCACUGAUUCUAAUGGUUAUCAGUUUUAUUCAACUGCACCCCCGAAAGGACGCCCAGAACCCAAACGCCAACUUAGGAGUUCUUCUUCUGGUAAUACCAGUUGACGGCUAUGAGUUCUUUGAGCUCUACGGACGGCUUUUCAACUACUAUCGCGUCGGCAUUCGUAUCAAAGACGGCGGUUCUUAUGUCUCCAAAUCCGAGAUUCAGAAGCAAAUGGACCCCAACUAUAGGCCGUCAAUCCUAUGCAUCGAAGACCCCCUCAACCCCAGCAACGAUAUCGGGAAGAGCUCUUACGGCGCUAUUGUUGUUAAGCAGGCGUUUGAAUACGCUUUCGAUACACUGCAUCAGGCCGUCGGCCCUCUCAGCGCAACCGUAGACCAAAGCCAAAGCAUUUUGGGUCGCAUUAUAAGAGUGACCGACGAAGUGGUGGACUAUCGCGAAGACAUCAGCAAACGCUUCACCGCUCCCAAGAAGAACUCCAUUGCGUCCACACAUUCUGACGAUCACUCGACCUCUUCGUCGUGUAUGGAGUCGUCCGAUGAAUACAGCGAUAAUGAAACUGAAAGUCAGAACAAUUAUAAGCAAAACAACCAAAAUUCUGCACGAAAUUCGCCGACAAAUACUCAACGAAACUAUUAUAACAAUAAGAGUCAUAACUAUUCGAACCAAACGACUGGCAAUCAGUACCGGAAUAAUAGAGACACUAAACCACAAAACUAUUUACAAAAUAGGAAUCAAAAUACAUAUCGAUUCGGGAAUAGAAAUACAACUCAAAUGACUCGCAAAAAGAAUCCAUUUUUUAACAACCGAAAGGAUGGAAAUUGAUUUACAAUUAUUUCUCUUUUUUUAAAUAAAAAUUACAUGUCUUUUGAUUCCACUCGUGAAGAACUUAUGCUUUUCUUAAAAUUAUUCUGUAAAUAGAAUUUAAAUCACAAUAAAUGUAUUUAAAAAACGUGAAAACGUUUAAAUGGUUGUUAAUGUCAC